CGCUCCGGUGUCCCCACCGAGCCGUCGCCGCCGCCGCCAGCGAAGGUGCCCGGGAGCCGGGCCCUCCCCGCCGGCAGCCGUCACUGCUCGGAGCGGGCUGCGCGGCGGGAGCUCGAGGAGGCGGCCGCCGCCUGCGCCGCCGCGCAGGAGCAGGAGGAGGAGAAAGGGUGCGCAGCCCGGAGGCGGGGUGCGCUGGUGGGGUGCAGCGGAAGAGGGGGUCCAGGGGGGAGAACUUCGUAGCAGUCAUCCUUUUUAGGAAAAGAGGGAAAAAAUAAAACCCUCCCCCACCACCUCCUUCUCCCCACCGCGCCACACACAGCGCGCGGGCUUCUCGCGCUGGGCACCGGCGGGCCGGGCGCGUCCUGCCUUCAUUUAUCAAGCAGCUUUUCGGAAAAUGCAUUUGCUGUGCGGAGUUUGAUCCGAAGAGGAUUCCUGCCCCCGUCCCCGGCUCUUCCAUCGUCUCCCUCCCGUGUCUCCCUCCCAUGGAGGCGUGAAGCGGUCCCGUGGAUAGAGAUCCAUGUCUGUGCCCGCGCGUGUAUGUGCGUGUGUAAAUUGCCGAGAGGGGGAAAAUCACAGGACUUCUGCAAAUGCAGGACUGAAAAUUGUAAUUCAUCUGCCGCCGCCGCUGCCUUUUUUCCUUGUGCUCUUGAGACCUCCGGUCGGGAUUCCUACGGAUUGACAUUUCUGCGAAGCCGAAGUCUGGGAAUCAAUCUGGAAAUCCUCCCGAUUUUUACAUCCCCUCCCCCAACUCCCGAUUCAUUUGGAAGUUUUAAAGCAGCUAUAAACGGAGAGUUCUGAAGAUUGAUGGGAUCGUUGCCUUAUGCAUUUGUUUUGGUUUUACAAAAAAGGAAACUUGACAGAGGAUCAUGCUGUCCUUAAAAAAUACAACAUCACGGAGGAAGUAGACUGAUAUUAACAAUACUUAAUAAUAAUGUGCCUCAUGAAAUAAAGAUCCGAAAGGAAUUUGAAUAAACAUUUCCUGCAUCUCAUGCCAAGGGGGAAACACCAGAAUCAAGUGUUCCGCGUGACUGAAGACACCCCCUCAUCCAAGAAUGCAAAGCACAUCCAAUAAAAUAGCUGGAUUAUAACUAUUCUUUUUUCUUUCGGGGCUGUGGGGUGGGAGCGGGGGCGAAAGGUGCUGUUGGUACCCGGCUGCUUUUCCUUGGAGAAAGGAUGGCUCACGCUGGGAGAACAGGGUAUGAUAACCGGGAGAUAGUGAUGAAGUACAUCCACUAUAAGCUGUCACAGAGGGGCUACGAGUGGGAUGCUGGAGACGUGGGCGCUGCGUCCCCAGGAGCCGCCCCCGGGCCGGGCAUCUUCUCUUCCCAACCGGGGCGCCAUCCCCCGCCCGCUGCGCCCCGGGACCCGGCCGCCAGGACCUCGCCACCGCCACCCCCGGCUGCCCCCGCUGCCGCCGCGGGGCCCGUGCUCAGCCCGGUGCCACCUGUGGUCCACCUGACCCUCCGCCAGGCCGGCGAUGACUUCUCUCGUCGCUAUCGUCGCGACUUCGCCGAGAUGUCCAGUCAGCUGCACCUGACGCCCUUCACCGCAAGGGGACGCUUUGCCACGGUGGUGGAGGAGCUCUUCAGGGAUGGGGUGAACUGGGGGAGGAUUGUGGCCUUCUUUGAGUUCGGUGGGGUCAUGUGUGUGGAGAGCGUCAACCGGGAGAUGUCGCCCCUGGUGGACAACAUCGCCCUGUGGAUGACUGAGUACCUGAACCGGCACCUGCACACCUGGAUCCAGGAUAACGGAGGCUGGGAUGCCUUUGUGGAGCUGUAUGGCCCCAGCGUGCGGCCCCUGUACGACUUCUCCUGGCUGUCUCUGAAGACUCUGCUCAGCCUGGCCCUGGUGGGAGCCUGCAUCACCCUGGGUGCCUACCUGGGCCACAAGUGAAGUCUGCAGGCCUGCCCCAAACAAAUAUGCAAAAGGUUCACUAAAGCAGUAGACAUGAUAUGCAUCAUCAGUGAUGCAUCAUGAAGUUACGGUAUCUUUAAAGGAAAGCAAAUACAACACACACACACACGCGCGUGCACACACACACACACACAGCUUUCAGGCAAAACGUCGAAUCAGCUAUUUACUGCCAAAGGGAAAUAUCAUUUAUUUUUUACAUUAUUAAGAAAAAAGAUUUAUUUAUUUAAGACAGUCCCAUCAAAACUCUCAUCUUUGGAAACCCGACAACUAAUUGCCAAGGAUCACUUCCUGCGGUUCCACCUGUUGGUGUGCCCCAAAACGAGAGUGAUUUUCCACGUUGAGUGGACUAGCCCGUCAUGUGAACAGCAAACGGAUGGACAAGGAAACUGACCGCCGAGAAGCCGGGGUUCUGGCUGCUGGAGGUUGGGCCGAAGGCAUUCCUUCGACUUGCAUUUAUGGGUCCUGGGGGCUGUGACAUUACAGAGGCAGGGUGCUUCGAGGGAAGUCCAUUUGUCCCUGGCCUAAAGAACAGACACUUUGCAUGUGACUCACAUGGUACAUAGCCAGUCAGAGGACAGAAACUGGGAACUUGAGAUAGAUGUGGUGCCCGCGGAGACUUCCCCGCCGAAGGACAGUGGUGAGAAAAAUGCCCUUAAACCAUAGGAAAGUAUUUUUUUAAGCUACCAAUUGUGCCGAGAAGCAUUUUAGCAGUUUAUACAAGAUCAUCCAGUACCUUAAGCCCUGAUUGUGUCUAUUCAUAUAUUUUGGAUACACGCCCCCUCUACAUCCUGGCUCUGUCUGAGCAGGAACCAGAAUCCUCUGCAUUCAAGGAGGUGGAUGUUUCGGUGACUUCUUGGGCAUCAGGAAGGCGGCAGUCACCCAGAGCAUCAGGCAGCCACAAGUGCCUGCGUUUAAGAGACUGACUCCUGCAGAACCUCCCUGUGUCCCCGCCUGGAGGCCAAAGGCUGAGCUUGGGCACUUGCUGGUCUCCUCGGAGGUGUUCAGCAGAGCAGCGUGGCCUCCCCGUGUGGGAGCUGACGGAGCUGUCAAGAAAGAGCAAUAGUGGGACUAGCCAGGCCUCACGCCCUCCCAGUUGGUCCCUUUCCACCUGGGGCGUGGAAGGGGGAUCCCGGGAGCCACGCCCCUUCUGAAGACAUUGGUCCCCGAGGAAGGAAGGAAACGGCCCUGUGCCUUUCCUAGCAGAGGGACAUGCUGAGGGCUGGGGCCGCAGCCCCCACAGGUGUGAGGGAAGGAGAAGGCUGAGGCCCUUUAGGCUGCUGCACAGGGCGUGGUGGCCCCAGCUUGUCUGGGUAGUUUAAAGCAAGGCUUUCAAUGACUUUGGGGAGGGUCGUAAGUCCUAAAGGAAGAGAGGUAAAAUGAGUUGAAAAGAGGUGCCAUGGGUUAAUUGCUCUAUGUCUAUGGAUUUACAUGUAAAACAUUAUCUUGUCAUUGUCGAUUGGUUUUAUUUGAAAACCUUAUGGGUGGUGGGGGUGGGGUGGGGGAAGCUCCAGGUGUAGAAUGUGGGAAUUAUCUGCACAUCCUGGGGCAUUAAAAUAAAUGAAGAAAAAAAAAAAAAGGUGGUAAACUAUAGAGAACUAGCAAAAGAAGUGAGAUCUCUGGAUAAUAAACUAGAAAAUAUUUUUUUUCCAAGUUUAGAAUCAGCCAGGAGGCACUGGUGGAAUAACUUUGUGGCAUUGUCACUUAUAUACCAUUUAUCUGUGUUAACUAUGGAAUGUACUAUUCAAUGUUUAAUGCUGUGGUCGAUAUUUCGAAAGCUGCUUUUUAAGAAAAUACAUGCAUCUCAGCAUUUUUUAAAACUCCUAUUUAGUUAUCGCCUCUACACUCUUUUAACAAAAGUGAUGAUUUUCCAUAUGAGAUUUCUUUUAUUUUUUUUUUUUUGUCUUUUGAUUCUUCAGAAGCAUUUGUGAAGAGGUGGGCUAAGCCUGAGUCUCGGCUACAUAAGAAGCCCUGGAUGUCACUGGCACCGAGGAGCUUGGUGUUCACCAAGUCAUGUGCAUUUCUGUGCAUUCCUGGUGGAUAAGUCUGUUGUGCUUUGACCUUGUCUCUUGAAGGUCGACUUGCUCCUGGGCAAUUCGGCAUCUGGACGCAUGUUACCUAAGAUCACAGGCGUGUUUGGUUAAACCUGAGAGCUUCAUUCAUUUGAAAACCCAGAUGGGAAAUGAGCAAAGGAUGAGAAUCUGGCUGCGACGGUUUGACCUUUAGAGAGCUGCUUUAUGUGUCCUGUUUCCAUGCAGACCUACCCAAAGCCCUCCCGCUCUCCUUCCACAGGGCCCUUCUCUGUGGCUGUCCUUCAGGCCCUUCCUGAAACCCAGUGGCGCUCACACUUCACCCAGAAAGCAAGAGCCCUGUGGUGUGGAGCCACACCUCCCUGGUGGGCCUCAGGGAACAAGAGGACCAGACCUUUGAAUGAUCCUGAUUCUUAAGUGAAAUAUUAUUUUAUGAAAGGUUUACAUUCUCCAGGUGAUGAAUAUGGAAAAUCAAACCCUGUGCUGCUAUCCUGCCAAGAGCAUCUUAAUGGAGUCUGUUUCCAGCUCACUCCAAGUGGCGAGACCCUCUGAGCUGCUUUAGAAGUAACAAUGAAGAACGUGGAUAUUUUUAAUAUAAAACCUGUUUGUCUUUUGUUGUUGUUGUUAUUGUUCAAACUGGGAUUUGCAGAGUAUUUGAAAAAAUGUAUAUAUAUAUAUAUAUAUAUUAAAAAAAAGGUCACAGCGGCCUAACGUUGGUUUUCUUUGGCUCUGGGGUUUUGUCAUCUGGUUUUAAAGGUAAACAUACGCAGUCACCUGACCCCAGAACUGUACAAGUAUUGCAGCUAAACUCAAUAUAAGAAUAGUUCGUUUUGCAUUUUUUCUUGUUGUUAAAAACAUGUUAGAAAGCAAUGAAUGUAUAUGAAAGCCUCAUCUAGUCAUUUCUUUCUUUCUUUUUUGUCUCAAAUUAUUUUGCAAACGGACAACAGAGACUGGUUCUGAUACCCUUCGUGUUGAGAAGGGAUUCACACCUCGAUCUGAGCCCCCCUUUCUGCAUGAGAAGGAAUGUGCUCUAAGUUGCCCAGGGUGAACAUAAAGUAGAACACACACACUUCCCAAAUUGGGAUCCAAGACUCUAAAAAGGAACCCACCAGAAGAAGGUCCCAGAACCUUCCAGGGCUCCCGAAGCCUUCCUGCAUGGGCACUGUUUCUGAAAGAGAGACCCAAAGGACUGCUCGUAUAUGCUGUAGCCAGCAGUUCACCUGGAAGAUUCUGCAGGAGCUGACAUUUCUGUAGGCUUAAGAAUCGGAUUAAAACCACAUUUUAGAAAUAAGGAAGUCCCUUUAUAUGUUUGAGCAAAACACCAACAUCCUCUGCCCCGCUCACCUGUCUCUGCAUGCUCAGGUGUGGCCGGCCUUCCUUCAUAUGUGACUUUUAGGUAAAUGCUUAUUGCUUACCAUCUAAAGGCCUGGCUCUGGCCCAGUGGGAACAUUGAAGAAAGUGCUUAUAAAUCAAGAGGAGUUAAUAACAAUCAAGAUUAAAUGUAAAUAAUUAUGGCAAUCCCAACACAGGUCUAGCUUUCACAUCAAGUAUACCAGAUGGAAAAAAGGGCAAGGAGUCUACACUUAGGAUUCAACUUGUACUAAAAUAAUUUAUUAAUGUGACCUUCAACUCUAAUUCCAAUUGUACUUUGAAGGUAGUGGCUGUUUUUAUACUUUCUUAUCACUUAGAGUUAGUAAUGUACACCUACUCUAUCAGGAAAAAACAGGAAGGGCUUGAAAUACAAGCCAGUCUAAGGAAAUUAGGGAGUCAGUUGAAAUUCUAUCUGAUCUUACUCUGUGGUGUCUGUUGCAGUCCAGACAAAUGUGGUUGCACACUUUUUUAAGAAAUACAGUUCUACAUUGUCAGGCUUUUGAAGGUUCCAGUCAGAUCUGUAUUGUUAUUCAAUUUGGAUCUUUCAGGGAUUUUUUUUUUAAAUUAUUAUUAUUACAAGACAAAGAACAUUUGUUAUGAGGGUGGGAGGGAAGAAGAAUUUUUAAAUGUGCAUAACAUUCCCAAGCUUGGACCAGGGAGUCGAGUUUUUCAGAAUAGCCAGAACUGUGGCGUAUGAGGCACUUUUACUGGGGUCGGUUGACGCCUCUGCAAAGGCCCUUAAUGCAGCAAAUGAGAAACAGUUUUACAGUUCUGUGGUAUUCAGAUCCCAGAGGCAGUGGCAUGGUUCAAAGUCAGCUCAGCUCAGCAACGCAGGGGUACACAUUUCAAGCUGGAUAUGGCCAACGGGUAUAUAAGCAAUAAAUUUACAGUUUUAACCAACAGGAUAUUUAAUGACAACCUUCUGGUUGGUAGGGACAUCUGUUUCUAAGUGUUUAUUAUGCACAAUGCAGAAAAAAAAAUUUUAAUAAAAUUAAAUAAAACAAUGUGAAACUGAAUUGGGUAAAUGAUCAUCGAAGGCCCUUAGCCUUACCCAAUGCAUGGUUCUAUUCCGUGUCUUUGGACAACCUUGAAAUAUGCAUCUUACUGGACACCCAGAAAACCAGAUGGAGUACAAAUGGUAUUAUAUAAUUCAUCAGGAUGGUACCGGUUCAUCAGGACUGUCCCAGAAAAUAACUUAAAGCCAAAGUUCUGUGGAUGACAAGGUUGUUCUGAGUUCCAAGCUCAGCAUGGAAGAUGGGAACACCCCUAGAAGAUGGAAAGGCUAGUUCAUCAGAAAUCGCGGGACUGUGAACUAAUAUGACUGUAGUGUAGAUGCUCUCUAAGGCCACGCACCUUGCCAUUUGGGAAAUCUGCAGCGGACCCUCCAGCCAGCUCAUUUUAUUAAGUUUUUCUCCUCCAAGAUAGCAUCUGAAGAAUCGACAGCUGAUUAAAUUUAUUUGGGGGAAGCUUCUUUUUUUCCCGGUGGUUGUGUUUAUUUUAAUAUCUUAGUUUUCAACCAAGUUGUACUUUUGUUUGGAAUUACGGGGGUUAUUUUUGUUUUAAGUAAUAUAAGUAUGCAAUAAGUUUUUUUGUAUCAAAAGCUUUUGUUAUCAAGAUUUUCAUACUGUUACCUUUCAUGGGCUGCUUUUCAGAUGGAUAUAUUUUAGGGGUAGCUGAUAUCUGCAACACUGUAUAUACAAAAAAAUAUGAUAAGCCUACUUUGCAUACUUAAGGUUGGCUUCCAUUAAAUAUAAUGGCACUUUGUGUUGUAGGAAAAUGUCACAUUGCUAUUCAACUUUCCUUGUCUGUCCAGUUAAUUUUGUGAAGAAAAAUAAAGUACAGUGUGAGAUA